CUGGCACUGGCUGGAGCGCCGCCAAGCCAUCACGGGAAGGCUGCCAUGCCGGGAGAGCGAGCGGAGAGGGAGAGGAGGAAGAGAAAAAAGCCAGGCGAGACUUGGCAAGGAUGCGCUGUACCUCCCUUUGUCUUGCGCUCCGCUUUGCGCUGAGGAAAAUCCAAAACACCAAGGGUGUAAGAGCUCUGCUUCAACGCUGAAAAACAAAACCCAAACAAGGCGAACCAAAAAAAAAAAAACCGACUAACUACUCUGAAAUAUUUCAGGGAGCAGGAGGGCGAUGGGUGCGAUAAACGUAGCUGAUAUGCAGUUCACCAAAGGCUCCAGCAAAACCACUGUUUGUUUAGUUUUGCUUUUUGUUGUUGUUGUUGUUGUUCCUUAACAGAAGCGAGUCGCUUCAGCCAAGAAAGGAGCAUAUUGUCAAAAACUCUUGCUUUUUGUCAGUUUAUAAGCGAAGCGCACAGCAGCUGUCUGUCUGGCUUUUUUGGAAACAGAAGGAGCUUCCAUAAAUGGGUCUUGGUCUUCAAGAAUAAGGAACUGCUGAAUCCAAACAAGUGUCAAGGAGAAAAGUUUGCUGUUUUCAUUUGUCGGGCUGAUGUUCUCGCAAGCUGGAUUCUUGGAAGUUGCUUUCGCCCUUUCAAACUUUGGCGAUCGUCAGGUAUAAGCUCUUCACCCAAGCAACAGGUUCCGAGGGGGACGACUGGCGGUUUGGACCCAAAGCGGGCGUGACCUCGCCUCAGACCGUGCAUCUUCUCCAGCCCAGACAUCUUCUCAGAGGAACCCAACACUGUUUCAAACUGUUGAAGCACAGCUGCACUCACUCGCUUGUGGAGUCCAUUGUAGAAGUAUGCGAAGAUGAUUUUUUCCAUGUCUUGCCAUAACAGGGACAGAAGUAAGAGUUGUGCCCCGCCGGCGAGACAUCGCUUGCAGCCGAAUGGCCGGCGGACUUCGGUCGGUUCGUUGUUGUGCUACGUCUACCUUUUGCGGUUUCUCGCGGGAGAAAUGGCUGCUGUCAAGAAGGCCCGAAUGGCUUUUCCUUCUGGUUACAAUUUUAUAUUUAAAUGCAUGUAUAUUUUGUUGGGAGACAGACUGUUCAGACCCGCAGAGUAGGAUCCUGACAUCUGGUUUAUGAAGAUUCUGUGCUUCAUGUGUUCCACCACCAAGAGGAAAGCACUUGUGAUUGGGUGGAAAAAGGACUGUGGAGCUCUGGGUGGAGGGGAGGAGUAGGACCUCACAGCUGGGGGAGGAGAGAAGCAUCACGUCAGUGGGAACCGAACGACGCCCCCGUUUCCCGAGGGCACGCAAAUGGCCCUGUUUGGUAUGGGUUGUUUCUGGGGAGCCGAGAGGAAGUUCUGGACACGGAAGGGCGUGUACUCCACUCAAGUGGGCUACGCCGGGGGAUUCACACCCAACCCCACCUACGAGGAGACCUGCACAGGUAAAACCGGCCACGCCGAGGUGGUGCGCGUCGUUUUUGAUCCCGCCGAAGUGACCUACGAGAACCUGCUCCGGGUCUUCUGGGAGAACCACGACCCCACGCAAGGUAUGCGGCAGGGCAACGACGUGGGCACGACGUACCGCUCGGCCAUCUACGCCUACUCCGCGGAGCAGAUGAGGCGAGCCCGGAGCUCCAGGGACGAGUACCAGAAGGCCUUGACCGAAAGCGGUUACGGUAAAAUUACCACGGAGAUCCGCGAGGCCCCCGACUUCUACUACGCCGAGGACUACCACCAGCAGUACCUGAGCAAGAACCCGACGGGUUACUGCGGGUCGGGUGGCACUGGGGUCACCUGUCCCACGGGGCUUCGCAAGUAGGCGACUCAUCACUUCUGGAGGCGGUGGCUUUUCGAAUAAUACCGCGGUGCAAGAGCUGCGAAAUCAGUAUGGUUUAAAACAGAAGCGCUUCUCGCCUACCUGUCUCGACGCGCACCUGGGGACAAUUGUGUACAUAUCUACAGAGCCCUAUUAAUAAAUCCUUCUUAUGAAUA